CGGGUGGUGGGCUCUUCCCAAAUGCUGGACCCGCGCCCGGCGGACCCAGGCUCCGAGGAGGGGCAAGGAAGGGUGGGCGAAGAGGACCUGGGAGAGCCGAGAGCCUGGGUGCGCUGGGCCCUGGCUGCCCCACCAGCGUGUUGCUCUGGUCCCCCGGGGCUUCGACCAGGAUCCCCGACGGCGGGGAAGGGGAGCCACUGAGCCUCCUGCAGCGGAAGGCGGUUCGUGCCGGGCCUAGGUGGGCAGGGCCAGGUCCAAACGAAGGCAAAAGCACUCAGUGGCCAGAAAAUCGCCAAGGGUGCGUUCCACGACCCAUCCCAAGGUCCUGCUGGGACCCUCCAGUGGACAUGGGUGGGGCCCUGGGGCCGGUCCUGCUACUCACCUCACUCCUCGGUGCCUGGGCAGGGCUGGGCCCAGGGCAGGGCGAGCAGGCUGUGACGGUGGCCGUGGUGUUUGGCAGCUCGGGGCCACUGGAGGCCCAGGCCCGUAUCCACCUCACCCCCCAGAGCUUCCUGGACCUGCCCCUGGAGAUCCAGCCACUCACCGUGGGUGUCAACAACACCAACCCCAGCAGUCUUCUCACCCAGAUCUGCGGGCUCCUGGGCACUGCCCGAGUCCACGGCAUCGUCUUUGAGGACAACGUGGACACCGAGGCCGUGGCCCAGAUCCUCGACUUCAUCUCCUUCCAGACCCACGUGCCUAUCCUCAGCAUCAGUGGGGGCUCUGCUGUGGUCCUCACCCCCAAGGAGCCGGGCUCCGCCUUCCUGCAGCUGGGCGUGUCCCUGGAGCAGCAGCUGCAGGUGCUGUUCAAGGUGCUGGAGGAGUACGACUGGAGCGCGUUCGCCGUGAUCACCAGCCUGCACCCGGGCCACACGCUCUUCCUCGAGAGCGUGCGCGCCGUCGCCGACGCCAACUACGUGGGCUGGCGGCUGCUGGACGUGCUCACGCUGGAGCUGGGCCCCGGCGGGACGCGCGCCCACACCCAGCGCCUGCUGCGCCAGCUCGACGCCCCGGUGCUGGUGGCCUACUGCUCGCGCGAGGAGGCCGAGGUGCUCUUCGCCGAGGCGGCCCAGGCCGGCCUGGUGGGGCCCGGGCACGUGUGGCUGGUGCCCAACCUGGCGCUGGGCAGCACCGACGCGCCCCCCGCCGCCUUCCCCGUGGGCCUCAUCAGCGUCGUCACCGAGAGCUGGCGCCUCAGCCUGCGCCAGAAAGUCCGCGACGGCGUGGCCAUCCUGGCCCUCGGCGCCCACGGCUACCGGCGCCAGCACGGCACCCUGCCCGCCCCGGCUGGGGAGUGCCGCGGCCACCCUGGGCCUGUCAGCCCUGCCCGGAAGGCCUUCUACAGGCACCUACUGAAUGUCACCUGGGAGGGCCGGGACUUCUCCUUCAGCCCUGGUGGGUACCUGGUCCAGCCCACCAUGGUGGUGAUCGCCCUCAACCGGCACCGCCUCUGGGAGAUGGUGGGGCGCUGGGACCAUGGUGUCCUCCACAUGAAGUACCCGGUGUGGCCUCGCUACAGUGCCUCCCUGCAGCCCGUGGUGGACAGCCGGCACCUGACGGUGGCCACGCUGGAAGAGCGACCCUUUGUCAUCGUGGAGAGCCCCGACCCUGGCUCAGGCGGCUGCGUGCCCAACACUGUGCCCUGCCGCCGGCAUGGCAACCACACCUUCAGCAGUGGUGACACGGCCCCCUACACCAAGCUUUGCUGUAAGGGCUUCUGCAUCGACAUCCUCAAGAAGCUGGCCAAGGUGGUCAGGUUCUCCUACGACCUGUACCUGGUGACCAACGGCAAGCAUGGCAAGAGGGUGCGCGGCGUGUGGAACGGCAUGAUCGGGGAGGUGUACUACAAGCGGGCAGACAUGGCCAUUGGCUCCCUCACCAUCAAUGAGGAGCGCUCCGAGAUUGUCGACUUCUCUGUGCCCUUCGUGGAGACGGGCAUCAGUGUGAUGGUGGCUCGCAGCAACGGCACCGUCUCCCCCUCGGCCUUCCUGGAGCCCUACAGCCCUGCCGUGUGGGUAAUGAUGUUCGUCAUGUGCCUCACCGUGGUGGCCAUAACCGUCUUCAUGUUCGAGUACUUCAGCCCCGUCAGCUACAACCAGAACCUCACCAGCGGCAAGAAGUCUGGGGGCCCGUCCUUCACCAUCGGCAAGUCUGUGUGGCUUCUCUGGGCACUGGUCUUCAACAACUCGGUGCCCAUCGAGAACCCCCGGGGCACCACCAGCAAGAUCAUGGUCCUGGUCUGGGCUUUCUUCGCCGUCAUCUUCCUCGCCAGCUACACUGCCAACCUGGCCGCCUUCAUGAUUCAGGAGCAGUACAUCGACACUGUGUCUGGCCUCAGUGACAAGAAGUUCCAGCGGCCUCAGGAUCAGUACCCGCCCUUCCGCUUCGGCACCGUGCCCAACGGCAGCACGGAGCGGAACAUCCGUAGCAACUACCGCGAAAUGCACACCCACAUGGUCAAGUUCAACCAGCGCUCAGUGGAGGACGCGCUUAGCAGCCUCAAGAUGGGGAAGCUGGAUGCCUUCAUCUAUGAUGCUGCUGUCCUCAACUACAUGGCGGGCAAGGACGAGGGCUGCAAGCUGGUCACCAUUGGCUCUGGCAAGGUCUUUGCCACCACUGGCUAUGGCAUCGCCAUGCAGAAGGACUCCCACUGGAAGCGGGCCAUAGACCUGGCGCUCCUGCAGUUCCUGGGGGACGGGGAGACCCAGAAGCUGGAGACGGUGUGGCUCUCGGGGAUCUGCCAGAACGAGAAGAACGAGGUGAUGAGCAGCAAGCUGGACAUCGAUAACAUGGCCGGCGUCUUCUACAUGCUGCUCGUGGCCAUGGGGCUGGCCCUGCUGGUCUUCGCCUGGGAGCAUCUGGUCUACCGGAAGCUGCGCCACUCGGUGCCCAACGCGUCCCGGCUGGACUUCCUGCUGGCCUUCAGCAGGGGCAUCUACAGCUGCUUUAGCGGGGUGCAGAGCCUGGCCAGCCCCGCGCCGCCGCCCAGCCCGGACCUCACCGCCGGCUCGGCCCAGGUCAGCGUGCUCAAGAUGCUGCAGGCGGCGCGCGACAUCGUGACUACGGCGGGCGUGAGCAGCUCCCUGGACCGCGCCACGCGCACCAUCGAGAGAUGGGGCGGCGACCGCCGUGCGCCCCCGCCGCCCGCCUGCCCCAGUCCGCGGCCGCCCACCCCCGAGCCGAGCCCCACGGGCUGCGGGCCGCCGGGCGGGGGCCGCACCGCGCUGGGGCGUAGGGCCCCGCAGCCCCCGGCCCGCCCCCCGACGCCCGGGUCCUCCCUACCCGACGUCUCCCAGGUGUCUGGCCGGCCGGCCUGGGAGGCGCGGUGGCCGUCGCUGGCCGGGCGCGGCGGGCGGCACCUCUCGGCCUCCGAGCGGCGCGCGCUCCCGGAGCGCCCUCAGUCGCCCGAGCGCUGUCACUACAGCUCCUUCCCUCGAGCCGACCGGUCAGGGUGCCCCUUCCUUCCGCUCUUCCCGGAGACCCCCGAGCCCGAGGACCUGCCGCUGCUCGGGCCGGAGCAGCUGGCCCGGCGGGAGGCUCUCCUGCGCGCGGCCUGGGCCCGAGGUUCGCGCCCGCGCCACGCUUCCCUGCCCAGCUCGGUGACCGAGGCCUUCGCCCGGCCCAGCUCGGAGCCCUCCUGGUGUGCCCGCCCGGCCUGCGGGCGCUGGACGCAGGCGCAGUCGAUGCGGCUGCCGUCCUACCGGGAGGCCUGCCAGGAGGGGGUGUGGGCAGGGGCCCCCCCCUGGCCGCACGGACAGCACGCCUGCCUCCACGCCCAUGCCCACCUGCCGCUUUGCUGGGGGGCUGCCUGCCCUCACCUCCCACCCUGUGUCAGCCACGGCCCCUGGCUCCCUGGGGCUUGGGGGCCUCCGGGGCACAGGGGCAGGACCCUGGGGCUGAGCACAGAAUACAGGGACACUGGGGGGCUGGAAGAGGUCAGUAGGGUGGCCUGUGGGAUGCACGGCUUCCCCCGACCGUGCACCUGGAGGCGGAUCUCCAGCUUGGAAUCGGAAGUGUGACGUGUCAGCUAUUCUGCUCAGCUGGACUCUCCGCCUGGCACUGCAGCGUUGGGGGGUAGGUGGGCUCGGGCUUUUCUGGCUUCUGCCAUGAAAUCCUGGCCAUGGGAGCCCAGUGACAGAUGAUAUCUUCCACGGCCAGCUCAGCGACCUCAGCAGCCUCAGGUCCUGGUGUGGGCUGGGCUUUUGCUACCUUCUUAUGCAGAUCCCUUCCCACCUGGCCUGGAGUCACAGGGAGCAGUGGGGUCUCCCUGCCCUGUUGUGAGCCAGUCCCUGGACAUGGCUUCUGGGGGCUUGGUGUGGGAGCAUGGAGGCUGGAGCUCGGUGUUGGGGCAGGGUGGUCCUGCUCCUGGCUCCAGCUGGCUGGAGUUUCUUCUCCUCAGAGUGCUGGGACAUUAAACAAACCUUGUACAACCCACUGGUCCUGGCUGCCUCAUUCUGCAUCCCUGGAGGGGGCACCCCAGAGCUGGUAGGCAACAGGAGCAUCAUGGGAGUAUCCCAGAUGGGGUGUCUGCCUAGAGCAGGUGGGCAGCUCCCUUUGUGGAGUAUCCAGGAGGCAAGGCUGAGAGAGGGCUCCAGGCAGCAGAAGCCACUUGGUAUUCAGUGCCAGCUCCCGCCCGCCCUGGUGCCAAAUGAGACAAAUGUGCUCAGCACGGGGGCUCUGGUGGUGAUGGAUGGAGCUCAUCCUUCAAUCUCCAUGAAAAGAAGGGCUCAUGCUAGGGGCUCUGGGGGUUCUGCCCCGCCAGGGGCCCCCAUGGGAGCCUGACAAUGUUAUGGUGGAAACGGCAGAGGGAGGUCUGUUGUGGGGAACCUGCUGGGCUCUCCUGGGCCCUGGCCAGCUGUGUUUGCCCCGCGGUGGCUGUGCAGGGCUUGGACUGCCUGCUGGCUCUGGAAGCCUGGCAUGGGUGGCUUCCGGGGUCAGGCACGGCUCAGCCUUGGGAGGGAAAGACCUCCAGGUCAGAGAAUCUGUCCCACAUCUCAGUUCUCUGUCCUCCCUCUGCGGCUCUCAGCCCCACCUCCUUCCUCUGUCACAUGUCACUGGCUGUGAACCAUCUAAAAAGAUGGCUCUUGCUUACCAUUUUCAAUGCUUUCACCUCUGUGGUUACAUUUAGCCCCACAAUGACUAAAGCAAGCCAGCCCUCCUUCCAUCCAUUCCGCAAACACGGUGAGCAUAAUUGAUACCGUUAGAGCCUUUUCUAACUGUGAGCCUGUGAAGCCCAAGGCCUUGUUGUCCCCGGCAAU